AUGUCAACUCAAGCCCAGGAAAUCAAAAACAUGAAGCUCAUUGCCCAUGUGGAACUGAACGGACACAACAACAUAGGCGAGGGAGUGGACCUACACCAGACGGCCAGUGGGCGGCGCAUCCUCUACCUGGCCCACGAGAGCGCACCCAAGGACUUCACCAGCGUCGACGUCUCUGACCUGGCCAACCCCAGGGUGGCGGCCCAGACCGACCUGGACUACAGCCACCUGCGAUCCAACUCCCUGUCCAUCGUCGGCGACACCAUGCUGGUGGCCUACCAGUCGCGGGAGCAUGGCCAGCCGGGCACCGGAAUGGGAGUCUUCGACAUCAGCAACCCCGACGCCCCAACGCGCAUCGCAUUCUACGAUGCCCAGGGGGCAGGAUCGCGUGGCUGCCACUGCCUGUGGUGGGUCGACGGCAACUAUGCCCACCUCGCUACCUGCACUCCAGAUUCCCGUCCCACCGAUCCUAAAGACGACCAGUUCUACGUGAUCCUGGAUGUGAGCGACCCCGCAAAUCCGAGCGAAGCGGGCCGUUGGUGGCUGCCUGGCACCCAGGAGGGCGACGACGCCCCUCCGCCGGCACGGCAUCCCCAGUUCGACGUGGGCCACAGCGUGCACAACACCAACGUCUACCCCAACCGUCCCGACCGGGCCUACUGCGGCUGGAAAGACUCCGGCGUCAUCACGCUGGACAUAUCCGACGUGUCCCGCCCAUCGCCGGUUGCCCAGCUGAACUACGCGCCCCCGUUCCCGGGCUUCACGCAUACGGUGCUGCCUCUGUUCAGCCGGGACCUGCUGGUGGUGACGCAGGAGGCCACUAUGUUGGGCGGCGCCGACUACCCCAAGCUGGUUUGGCUGAUGGACAACCGGCUGGAGAGCAACACGGUUAUCAUCAGCACGCUCCCCAUGCAGGACACCGACGACUUCUUCAACCGCCCCGGACGGUACGGGGCGCACAACAUUCACGAGAACCGGCCGGGGGAGCUGUCACUGCGCUCUGACACGCUGGUCUACGCCACCUUCUUCAACGGUGGCAUCCGGGUGUUCGAUACCACCAAUCCCUUCCAACCUCAGGAGGUCGCCUACUUCGUGCCCCAGAUACCCGAAGGCGCCGACGCCAACGGCAUCAACGACGUCCACGUCGACGAGAACGGCAUCGUCUACGUGGUCGAUCGGCUGCGUGGCGGCCUCUACAUCCUGGAACUGAACAUCUAG